CAACAGGACUUCCACCUACCACAUGGGAGAAGCUGGAAGAAGCCCAGAACAAAGGAUGGCUCCCACUUUAAUCAGUUUUAUAAAUUCAGAAAACAAAUAGGAUUCCCACCUCCCCCUGUCGAAAGAAGACAGUUCUGGUGGGCCAAAUCCAAAGGGAAUAACGAAGAAACCAUUUAAAUACAUGGAGUGUGGAAAGAGAGAGGAAAAACAAUUUGAAAGUAUGGAGUGUGGAAAGAACUCCAGUCACAGUGGAGACCUUAAAACCCAUCAACGAACCCACACUGGGGAGAAACCAUUUAAAUGCAUGGAGUGUGGAACGUGCUUCAGUAGGAGUGACAGCCUUAGAAUUCAUAAACGGAUUCACACAGGAGAGAAACCAUUUAAAUGCAUGGAGUGUGGAAAGAGCUUCACUGAUAGUGGACACCUUAGAAUACAUCAACGGACUCACACAGGAGAGAAACCAUUUAAAUGCAUGGAGUGUGGAAAGAGCUUCAGUCAGAGUGGAGGCUUUAUAAUUCAUCAACGGACUCACACAGGAGAGAAACCCUUUAAAUGUAUUGAAUGUGGAAAGCGCUUCAGUAACAGUGGACAUCUUAGAAUUCAUCAACAGAGUCACACGGGGGAGAAACCAUCUAAAUGCAUGGAGUGUGGAAAGAGCUUCAAUAAGAGUGGGCACCUUAGAAUUCAUCAACGGAUUCACACGGGGGAGAAACCAUUUAAAUGCAUGGAGUGUGGAAAGAGCUUCUGUCAGAGUGGACAGCUUAGAAUUCAUCAACGGAUUCACACGGGGGAGAAACCAUCUAAAUGCAUGGAGUGUGGAAAGAGUUUCAGUCACAGUGGACACCUUAGAAUACAUCAACGGACUCACACAGGAGAGAAACCAUUUAAAUGCAUGGAGUGUGGAAAGAGCUUCAGUCACAGUGGAAGCCUUAGAAAUCAUAAACGGACUCACACGGGGGAGAAACCAUUUAAAUGCAUGGAAUGUGGAAUGUGCUUCAGUCACAGUGGACACCUUAGAAUACAUCAACGGACUCACACGGGGGAGAAACCAUUUAAAUGCAUGGAAUGUGGAAAGAGCUUCACUGAUAGUGGAGCAUUUAGAAGACAUGAACGAAUUCACACGGGGGAGAAACCAUUUAAAUGCAUGGAGUGUGGAAAGAGCUUCAGUCUCAGUGGAAACCUUAGAAUUCAUCAACAGACUCACACGGGGGAGAAACAAUUUAAAUGCAUGGAGUGUGGAAAGAGCUUCAGUCAGAGUGGAAGUCUUAGAAUCCAUCAACGGACACACACAGGAGAGAAACCAUUUAAAUGCAUGGAGUGCGGAAUGUGCUUCAGGAUCAGGGCUUACCUUAGAAAACAUCAACGAACCCACACUGGAGGUAAACCAUUUAAAUGCAUGGAAUGUGGAAAGAGCUUCAGUCAGAGUGGACACCUUAGAAUUCAUCAACGGACUCACACGGGGGAGAAACCAUUUAAAUGCAUGGAGUGUGGAAAGAGCUUCACCGUCAAUGGACACCUUAGAAGUCAUCAACGGGCUCACACGGGGGAGAAACCAUUUAAAUGUAUUGAAUGUGGAAAGAGCUUCAUUCACAGUGGAAGCCUUAAAAUUCAUCAACGGAUUCACACAGGAGAGAAACCAUUUAAAUGCACGGAGUGUGGAACAUGCUUCAGUCACAGUAGAAGCCUUAGAAUUCAUCAACUGACUCACACAGGGGAGAAACCAUUUAAAUGCAUGGAAUGUGGAAAGAACUUCACUGAUAAUGGAAACCUUAGAAUUCAUCAACGGACUCACACAGGAGAGAAACCAUUUAAAUGUAUUGAAUGUGGAAAGAGCUUCAUUCACAGUGGAAGCCUUAGAAUUCAUCAAGGGAGUCACACGGGGGAGAAACCAUUUAAAUGUAUGGAGUGUGGAAAGAGCUUCAGUCAGAGUGGAAACCUUAGAAACCAUCAACGGACUCACACAGGAGAGAAACCAUUUAAAUGCAUGGAGUGUGGAAAGAAUUUCAGUCAGAGUGGAAACCUUGGAAACCAUCAACGGACUCACACUGGGGGCAUUUCAUUUAAGUGGAUGGAAUGUGGAAAGAGCUUCACUGAUAGAGGAACAUUUAUGAAACAUCAACGGACUCACACUGGAGAGAAACCAUCUAAAUGUAUUGAAUGUGGAAUGAGCUUCAUUCACAGUGGAAGCCUUAGAAUUCAUCAACGGAGUCACACGGGGGAGAAACCAUUUAAAUGUAUGGAGUGUGGAAAGAGCUUCAGUCAGAGUGGAAACCUUAGAAACCAUCAACGGACUCACACAGGAGAGAAACCAUUUAAAUGCAUGGAGUGUGGAAAGAGCUUCAGUCAGAGUGGACACCUUAGAAUUCAUCAGCUGACUCACACAGGAGAGAAACCAUUUAAAUGUAUUGAAUGUGGAAAGAGCUUCAUUCACAGUGGAGCACUUAGAAUUCAUCAAUGGACUCACACAGGAGAGAAACCAUUUAAAUGUAUUGAAUGUGGAAAGAGCUUCAAUCACAGUGGAGCACUUAGAAUUCAUCAAUGGACUCACACAGGAGAGAAACCAUUUAAAUCUAUUGUAUCUGGAAAGAGCUUCAGUCAGAGUGGAAACCUUAGAAACCAUCACUGGACUCACACAGGAGAGAAACCAUUUAAAUGCAUGGAGUGUGGAAAGAGCUUCAGUCAGAGUGGAUACCUUAGAAUUCAUCAGCGGACUCACACAGGAGAGAAACCAUUUAAAUGUAUUGAAUGUGGAAAGAGCUUCAUUCACAGUGGAAAGCUUAGAAUUCAUCAACGGACUCACACGGGGGAGAAUCCAUUUAAAUGCAUGGAGGGUGGAAAGAACUUCAGUCAGAGUGGAGACCUUAGAAAACAUCAAUGAACCCACACUGGGAGUAUCCCAUUUAAAUGCAUGCUGUGUGGAACGUGCUUCACUCAAAGUGGAAGCCUUAGCAUUCAUCAACACACUCACACGGGAGAGAAUCCAUUUAAAUGCAUGGAGUGUGGAACGUGCUUCAGUCAAAGUGGAAGCCUUUGAAUUCAUCAACGGACUCACACGGGGGAGAAACCAUUUAAAUGCAUGGAGUGUGGAAAGACCUUCUGUCGGAGUGGACUUCUUACAAAUCAUCAACAAACUCAUACAGGGAAGGAAACCAUAAGUGCUAGGGAAGUAUAAUAUAAUAUUUAAUGUAUUGUUAGAUAGGGAGGGGGAGUGUGUAAGUCCGAAGUGUUGCUUCUUAAUGCGGAGUGAGUUGCUUUUGGUGUUUGGUGGACGGAGUUGGAAAUGUUUAUAACUGGGAAUGGAGAGUUGCACAAAGUGGAGCUGAGAUUGGUGGUGUUGCUUUGGAAGCAGAGUUGGUUACAUAAAUAUUAUAGGAACAGCAUCAUAGCUCCAACUUUUAUAAUUGCAAUAAUGGAAUCAUGACACAGAAAGACUGAAAGCACCUACCGGUACUAUAUGCCCAAGUUAAUCUUGAAACCCUCACCUUUUCUUUUGAUUCAUAGAUAUACUAGCUGGCCCUGCCACGCGUUGCAGUGGCUAAUCCCUGUGACUGCCCCUACCCUCUCCCGAUCCAUGACCUAUUCUGUUCCUUGCCCCCCCCCCCGGCCCAUCCCUGUGAAUCCCCCAACUGCCCCGUAACCCCCACCCAGGCGAGUCAGUACCUCCAUUCGGCCUAGUCUGUAAAGGCUAUUCUGUCCGCCCCCCCCCCGGCUCAUCCCUGUGAAUCCCCCAACUCUGUCCCGACCUACAUCCCAUUGUUGGCCAAACACCAUGGGAGACGCCAGGGCCUCGUGCCCUCCCCGGCCAGCCUGCCAGGUGUCUCGACCCUCCGGUGCAGCCAGCUGGUAUCGAUCUAGACCCUGGGGGCCUAGACUCGCUGUAGCAGAGUCCAUGUAGCGUAAACAUCCACAGAGAGAGAGAGACGUAUUAGCAUAUUUACAAGCUUUAUUCAGCAUAUCUCAGGAGAGAGCAAACAUGUUUCCUCUUUCUUCAUCAGCACAGCAGAAAGAAAGCAAUAGCAAUAUACAACGGAAGUGGACAGACAUGUGACAUACAAUAGUUACAUGCCUUUACCUUAAGGUGGAGCUGAAUCCCAACACCCGUCCCCUCCUCCCCCCAACCCCCACCCAGGUAUGAUAAAAGAGAGUCAGAAAAGCCACUGUCUUUCCCUCCAGAACUGAGAAACAGGAUCUUGGAAUCCCCAGAUCUAAAUCACCUUGUGGAGGAUACAAUGAAACAAUGGAAAGAUGCUCUGUUAUAUAGAAAACCGAUUCAGAAAGAUAAAUUUCCAGGGGAGGAACAAUUUCACAGGAGGAAUGGGGACACAUAUUUCAUGGGUGUUGAACCGUCAGUUCUGCAGACUUUGAGACCCCAAUCAAUGGCGUAACUCUGGAUGCCUAGUAAUUCAGAAAUCUCCAGAGAGGUUAAUUGAACAUGAGUUCAAAUACUUUCAUGUGGCAAGCAAGGCAAUAAUACACAAAUGUCACUCUGGAUCCAGACACAGCCUAUCCCUGGCUCAUCCUGUCCAAGGAUCGGAA